GAAAAAGAGAGAAAAAAACGGCGGCAUCCUUCUGACCUCUCGAGCCUCGAAAUCUUGCUACACAUCUUCUUCAUCUGGAAAUCCGAAACGAAGCAACCAACAAAGUCACAAAGAGAGAGAGAGAGAGAGAUAGAUGCUCGUCGGUGUUCGUUCCGAUUCUCCUUGACCUUCUUUUUCUUCUUCUUCUUCGCUUCGUUAUCGUUCCCAACAUUCCAAACCCUAAAUUUGUUGCCUCGGUCUUCCAUUCCCAAUCUCCGAACUCCGACGCGGAGUGGCAGCAGAGAACAAGCAUGUCGUCUUGGCUGAGAUCUGCGGUCCACAAAGCCGUCGAGGUCGGCAACAAAAACAACCUCACUCGAACCGUCAAGAACUACGCCGACACCGUCGUUCAACACGCCGGCCAAGCCGUCGCCGAGGGCGCCAAAAUCCUUCAGGAUCGCAUUAGUGCUCGGAAUUACAGAAGUGUUGCGCAGACCAUUAAAAGGUUGGAAGAAGCUGCUGUUUCGUAUAGGGGACCUGAGAGAGUGCAGUUGCUUAGAAGAUGGGUGGUUGUGCUUCAAGAGAUUCAGAAGUUGUCUGAGUCGUCAUCGGCUGAAGGUAAAGAGAGGACUCUCGAGCAGCACCUUGCGGUUGAAGAAGCCAAGGAGAACCCAAGGAAACCAUCUCUGGUUCUUUACUACGAUUCUGAUGUUGGGGGAGAACCAUUAAAUUUUCGUGAUGUUUUUCUUCAAAGUCAGGCAUUGGAGGGUAUAACAUUAUCCAUGAUUAUUCAAGCUCCUAAUGAGGAAGAGGUUUCCCUUCUCCUGGAGAUGUUUGGACUUUGUCUUACUGGAGGAAAAGAAGUUCAUAAUGCCAUAGUGAGCAGCCUGCAAGAUUUAGCAACAGCUUUUUCAAGCUAUGAAGAUGAAGUGCUGGUGAAGCGAGAGGAAUUACUUCAGUUUGCUCAAGGUGCCAUCACUGGGUUGAAAAUCAAUUCUGAUGCUGCAAGAAUAGAUGCUGAAGCCUUUAGUCUUAAAAAAAAGCUCACUGAGAUAACAACUUCACAGGGGCCUGUAAGCAAUGUUGAUUAUAAAGCGGCUGAGGAAACAAUAGCAAUGCUAGAGGCUUUUAAAAUUGCCCUUGCUCAGAUUAGAAUCUGUUCUAGACUGGAAGCCUUAUUGCUGAAGAAAAAAAAUUCAAGCAAUGGAGAGUCUCCCGAAAUUCAUGCUCAAAAGGUUGAUAAGCUGAAGGUAUUAACGGAGUCUCUUGCCAACUCUGCUGCAAAAGCUGAAAAGCGUAUUUUAGAUAACAGACUACAAAAAGAGGAAGCAUUAAAGGUUCGAGUGACUAAAGAUGGUGAGGCUAGUAAAAAGGAGAAGGAACUGGUUGCUGAGAUAUCUGAACUGCAAUGCAAAAAAGAAGAUCUUGAAGCUGAAUUGAAAAAGGUUAGCACUACUUUGGCUGCUGCUCAAGCACGACUAUGGAAUGUGAGGGAAGAGAGAGACCAGUUUGAAGAAGCAAACAAUCAGAUAGUUGAACACCUGAAGAUAAAGGAAGAUGAACUUUCAAAAUCAGUUAGCUCAUGUAGGGUUGAAGCAGAUGUUAUCAAAACCUGGAUUAAUUUUCUGGAAGAUACUUGGGUUCUUCAGCGGUCAAAUGCAGAAAUGAACGACAAGCAGGUCAAUGAUGAUUUGGAGAGACAUGAGGACUACUUUGUGAACUUGGCCAUUCAACUUCUUACUACUUACCAGAAAGAGCUAGGGCCUUGUAUUAACCAUAUCGGAACAUUUGUCGUGAACCUCAAGAAUUUAAGUCAGAGGUUAGAGAUGACACCCAGUGCAGAUACUGAGGAGUCAGAAGUAUUAAGUCCAAGGAGAAAUCUUGAGGAGGAAUAUUUGACCUAUGAAGCCAAGAUUAUUACCACCUUCAGUGUAGUGGAUAACAUAAAACAGCAGUUUUAUGCUCAACAGGGGAGAAUUUCCAGGAAAGAUGAAGAGAGAGUUAAAGAGCUGUUUGAAGCCAUUGAAAAGUUACGAACUCAAUUUGAGUCUAUAGAGAGACCAAUUCUUGAAAUAGAGACCCCUGCAAAGGCUGAAACACCACCUUUUGAGAAAAAGUCUGAUGCUACUCCUUCAGUUUCUGCUCCAACUCAAGGUGCCGAGCUUUCAAAGCCAGAAACGGAUGAGCUGCCAAAAUCACCUUCAGUUAAGACAGACCAGAUAUUGGAUCAUGAAGCUGAAUUAGCUAAACUGGAAUCUGAGUUUGGGAAGGUUAGUCAGGAUUAUUCAACUGAGGAAAUUGGUGAUUGGGAAUUUGAUGAGCUUGAAAGAGAAUUGAGCAAGUAGUUAGGUUGAAUCUUAUUUCUGAGUAAUUAAUGCUUGCUGUUGUAUUUUUAUGAUUAAGUGCAAGUAUCAUAUAAAUUUGUAAGCCAUAUAGAUCGGCUGUUGAUGAAGCUAUAAUUUGGAUCAGAUUCCUUUGAAUUUGUGAACAUUACCAAGCAUGAUUUCUUUAUUCUGUAAAUUAACGAGUUUGCAACUUGCAGCCCAGUCAUCAAAUGAUUUGAAAUGAUCAGUAUGGUUAGAAUUUUGAACACCGGA